UCGGCAUCCGAAAUGGAAGUAUAUUUCUCAUUAUUUCUUUAUUUUAAAGUUUCAACAUAAGAUUGAAUCUAAAGUUAAUUUUAUCUUGACAUUUUAAUCAGUUCCGAGUUCAAAAACCGCAAAUAAAAUAAUUUGACAAUUUAAAUUGCUAUUUUUUCCUAAAAACUCAAUUGAUUUUUUAAGUUUUUGAAUUUGAUCAAGAAAAAAGAUAUAAAAUUCCACAAUCAUCCGUAAAAAACUUUCGAAGAUAUAAUGACAUUUUUACCGUGACACUAAAAAUUGAACCUUUAUUAAAAUUAGAAAAACUACAGGAAAAUAAAAAAUUGAAAAAGGAACAUGUACCUCGUAUUUUAUCAGCUAUGACAUCUUUUUUACCCAAUAAAGCCACAUGUUGCCGUUUAAAAGUUAUCUAAGAAAAAAGCAUCGAAAAUAGCGUAUUUCGUUAGUUUCAAAAUUUCAAAUCGCCAUAAUUUCUAAACUACUUGACCGAUUUUGUUCAUCUUUGAACUUAAGGGGUUAGGGGUAGUCAGAAUUUUCAAAAAAUCGAUUUUUUUUUUUUUGCAUUUUCUUAAAGUAUAAUAUUUUAAAAAUAUUGUGUGAAAAUUUGAAGUGAAUCCGACAAAUUCUUUUCGAGUUAUUUAACAAUGACCAAAGGACGCUCGGGUGCUACGUGGCAUUCGAGAGCAGGUAGCUAGAAACAGCUGCAAGCAACCGACUUUUCGGGUUUCAUUGUCAUGAAUAUCUCCCCAUUUUAAUGUAGUACAAGAACUGAAAAAUAAUUUUUGGUUGCCAGUAUACCUGUAGUCGUUGCACUGAUCAGUCGAUAGUUUUGUGAUAAAUUAUUUCUCAAGUGAAUUAAAUUAUUAACCAUGGGACGUGAUUCUAGAAAGGUUUCAAGAGAACUUCGGAGUUCUGAAAAAAUUAAUAAGUCGCGUUCAGUCAAAAGAAAGAAUGUUUUUAAUCCGAAAACAGCCGAACGUGAUGAAAGUAUUCAGAGUACAUCUUCUAAAAAAUUAAAACAAAACACUGAAGAUGAUGUACCUGAAGACAGCAGUACUGAAUUUCGAAUAAUAAAUUUUAUUCAGGUAUUCACUGCAAUUUCUGCUCUUAUAAAAUGUAAAAAAUGUGAUGGAAAUGUAGUGUUUCAAACAGCAAGUACACGUGGGCUGGGAUUCAAAAUUGUAGUUGCAUGUAAUAACUGUGGAAAUGAAUAUAUUCCUUCCUGUUCUUUCGUUGGGCAUUCUUAUGAAAUAAACAGACGUUUCAUUUUUGUAAUGAGAAUACUAGGAAUAGGAUACGAAGGAUUGUGCAAGUUUUGCGGCCUGAUGGACAUGCCGUCUUUUUUAGAUAAAUCUACGCAUACAAUUUUACUGAAACAGAUUUUGAAUUGUAGUAAAGCCGUCGCAGAAACCUUCAUGACGAAAGCUGUGAAUGAAGAAAAGCAAGCAAUGCCAACAACUGAAAAUGAAGAUAUAAAUCAUCUAACUGUAUCGGGAGAUGGAACCUGGCAAAAACGGGGAUAUACAUCGUCAUUUGGAGUUUCUUCUAUAAUUGGCUAUUUUACUGGAAAGAUUCUUGACAUAAACAUUAAAAGUGCAUAUUGUAAGCUAUGUGAGUAUUGGAAAAAAAAAACAAAUACUGUUGAGUUCGAGGAAUGGUAUCAAUCGCAUGAAGAUGUGUGUUCUGCUAAUCAUCAAGGGUCUUCUGGGAAAAUGGAGGUGGAUGCGAUGGUCGAAAUGUUUUCGUAUUCUGAAACUAAAUAUGGAGUUAAGUAUGCCAACUAUAUUGGUGAUGGUGACUCCAAGACCUAUUCAGGAAUUAUAAAAUCAGAUCCUUACGAAAAUACAACUGUAAAUAAAAAGGAAUGUAUAGGGCAUGUCCAAAAGCGGAUGGGGAGUCGAUUACGUACGCUGAAGAGUAAACAAAAAGGUCUUGGUGGUCGAGGUAAGCUCACAGGAAAAUUAAUAGACAAACUAACUGUGUACUAUGGUUUAGCAAUACGCCGGCAUUGUGAUUCUAUUGAAAAUAUGAAAUCUGCUAUAAUGGCAACCUUUUAUCACUACGGCUCGAGUGAUGAAAAACCGAAUCAUGAUAUGUGUCCAAAAGGCGAAGAAUCUUGGUGCUCUUACCAGCGCGCUGAAGCAAGAGGAGAGCUUGAUACCUUUUCUCACGAUUAUUCUCCUUUACCUUCUGAUGUUUUAAAAGCUAUCAAGCCUAUAUACGAAGAUCUUAGUAAUGAAAAUUUACUUUCAAGAUGUGUAGGUGGAUUCAAUCAGAAUAAUAAUGAAAGCUUUAACCAACUAGUAUGGAAAAUAUGCCCAAAAACGGACUUAAUUGUGGGCCUAAUUCUCAUCGGUAUGCAGAAAGAAUGGAUGCUGCACGUAUCAAAGUAGCAGAUAAGCGCGCUAAUGAUAACACCCGAGAAGGUCGAUUGCAACGUAGGCACCAGCAAAUCGAUAUUUUGGAAGCUGCUAUGUCGGCUGAAGAGCUAUUAUAUGGUCCAGGAAUAGAUGACUCAGUAUGAAUCUCCAAGGACUUAUGAUGAUCACCGCAAAGGACUUCGGGAGGAACGGGCUCUACAAAAACAGCGAUAACUUUUUGAAUUAUUAAUUUUUUUUUUUGAAAUUUUCGUGAAGUCAAAUCGAAACGUGUUCUAAUAAAGCUAUGUUUUUAUUUUUGUCAAAUAAAGUAAUUAACUACAAAAAAAAAAUUAUUGAAAAUCAUCAUUUUUUCAUACCCCUGAGUACCCCUAACCCCUUAACCGAACU